AUGGUUUUAACAGUUGCCGAAGCCAAGAAGCUAACUGUGCCUCGUCUUAAAGAGGAGCUGACGAAACGUGGAUUGGAUAGUGCUGGAAAUAAGCCAGAGCUGCUUGCCAGGCUAACGGAGAGUAUUGAGCUGGCCGCCGAAGAUUUGAUUCUGGGCGAUGCUGGAAGUGUUGCUGCCGACGCUCAUCAAGAUCUCAACGAUGAUAUUCUGAACGACGACCUACUGGACGUUCCAAGCAUCGAUGGGGAUCUUCUGGGCGAGACGACGGCCAGUUCAAUUGAAGAAGAGCAAAAAGAGACAGAGAAAGUAGAAAAGAAAGGAGAAAUGGUGACCGCAGAAGUGAUCCGGCUGACAAACCAGUGGAUAUUGUCACUGUUGAGCAAAAUAAGCGAGCUAGAGCUAUUCGAUUCGGUCUCCCAGUCACUGCGGAGGAUCUGGGCUCGGAAGAUGCUAAAGCAGCAAGAGCUAAGAGAAGACGCAAAACGACUCGGUUCUGAUGAUGCCAAGGCCAGAAGAGCCGAAAGAUUCGGAAUCCAAUCUCCAGCUACUGCUAAACAAGAAAAGGACGAGAAACUGGCUGCUCGUGCCGCUCGUUUCGGUCUUCCAGUAGGCGGUGCCUCUCCAAAAGUGGGCGGAGCCACAAAGGACGCGAAGCUGGCUGAAAGAGCCAAAAGAUUCGGAGGAGCUGUGGAUGAUGCGGAAAUGGAGGCGAAAAAGAAGGCUCGAUUGGAGAGAUUUGGAAAUGGAUCGAAAUAA